AGAAUGUUUAAUUUUUCAGGAUGGGCUCGACCUGGACGAAGGUGUUUUGUAUUGUUUUAUAUUGUUUGCCACUUUUGGGACUGAACCUGUCCUCACAGCCGGACCCUGGAUUUCAGUUUAAUUGUUGGGAUCAAACGUGUUCGUUUCCUCAUCAAUAUUGUGACUUGGAUGAGAAAAGGUGUUUAUUUUGUUCGGAUGACCUUUGCGAAUCGAAGGAUUUUCCUUUACAGUGCCGCUCAUACUGCCAAGGUGUAAAACUAACAUACAGUGUUCCUGAAUCGUCCACAAAUUCAACGAAAGGAAUACACAAUUUUGAAGAUAUGCCAGGUGGUAUUGAAACCGCUUUGUGGCUGAUUUUCGGCGUCUUACUCAUCAUUCUGGUCGUCAUUGGGGUACUUGUUGUUAUGUUCUGUCGCUCGAAACACAAUAUACAGAGGCAAUAUAAAUAUAUAACAAAUCCCACAGAAACCGACGAAUUAACACACACUGUUAGAGUACAAUCAGAUAAUGAUGAUCAUCUGAAAAGAAGUGAUCUAGUUUUAAUUUUAAAUGAAAAGGAAUCUCUAUCUACAAGAAAUAUGUCACAACCAGAUAGCCAAAUCUCAAUGUCUUCUGGUGGUUCUCCUACGUCAUCAAUUACACAACCGGAAGAAGAUGGACACUCCCGACAACAUGAGCAUCACAUUGAAACAGAGCUACUUAAAAAUUCAUACGGUGAAGAUAGGACGAUAGCUUCAGAUGACGACAGUGGUUUCACUGAAGAGAGACGUUCGACAAGACCCGUGAAACCUUCACCAGAUUUUCCAUCAUUGCAAAAAUCUGAAUUUCAAGAAGAUACUUCUUUAAAACAAUUAACACUGUCAAAAUUGAUAGAUAAUUAACUCUGAUUUCAAAUCAUGAUCUCGUCCAUUCUCCGUCCAGACAUUUCACAUAGAGACAGAUGUUAUAACGGGGCAUCCUCUUGAAGUGUUUUAGCUCUGUUCAAAGAGUGUUAAAAGCUUUUCAGUGUGGAAUUUUUCGACUUUUUAAACAUUAAAUUACCAAUAAAGGCUAGGGAGAGGGUGCAAUAAGUUUCAUUUAAGCCCAAUCCUUUUGUUAUAUUGUAAAUUACAAAAAAAAAAAAAUGGUUCAAACCAAUAAAGGCUUAACACUGGUGGGAGUUACUGCUUUAUAGAAGUUUAUUUAAUAUUCAGUUGUAUUCAAAACUAGGAGCAAUGUGGACACUGCUUCUGACU